GAGAGGAGAGAGGAGGCUGGAUGGGAGAAGAAGAGGAGGGAGGAAGAGUGGAGGAGUUGGGAUGUCUGAGAGCUCGAUCGAGCCGACGAGGACUUACAUGUCCACUUCACAGCAUCGCGUCUGAACCAGAACCAUCACUUCACACGACACACACACACACACACACACGAGCGCGCGUUUGGGAUCUCGAGGCAGAAGCGGAUAAAUGUGGACCGCAGUGUCUCAUUCGCAGCAUCUCAUCAUCUCCGGCAGACAGACGCCGCUGCUGCAGAGAUAGCAUCACAUCUCCUGGUAUGAAGAAUAGGGAGCAGUUGGAGGUGUCCCUCGGGCACGUUUGUCCUCUGGCCGUUCAGCCUGUGUGUCUCUGCUCUGCACACAGACGCUCUGGGAGGGAGAAGAAAGACCGCCUAAAAAUAAACUGACACGCACCACCAGCAGAAACAACAAACAUAUAAAAGAGGAAGAGGACAAAGAAGACCUUUUGUUUUUGUCUGUCAAUCACUCUCUUUCUCUGCUCCAUUUCUGUGUCCUCAUUACGACCAGAGAGGAGGUGUCAUGUCCCAGUCUGGGAAAGUCCUUCAUUUGUAUGUGGAAGUGAGGUCUGCCCCAGAUCAGAGCGGAGGGAAGGAAGGGAUCGUUCAGGGGCAUUCGGUUCAGGACAGCCCAGCGGAGCUCCUGUCUCAGCUGGCGAGCCAGACGAGUGUCGCCAAGACCUCCUCGGCUCACCGUCUGGUUCAGGACCGCACACGCAGCCGGUCUCCUUCUAGAAGCAGCUUCCAGCUGCAGCAGGCCAGAGGCUCCCCGACGGUCGCCAAGCACCGGAGUGCACCACGUGAUGGGGCGUCUGCAGUCCGCUCUCCAUCGAUAAUGCCCUCUUCCGGAAAGGUCAGCGUCCCUCACACUCCCCCGAACUGCCGCGGGUUCAACAAGGACGAGGUCGCCGACGGGACGCGGUCCGUGGUCACCUUCAGCUACAUCGAGAAGUCCAACGUGAAGGCGUUGGACAGUCCCCGCAGCUCUCUGUGCGAGCGGGGGACCAGAGAGGAAAGAUCCACGCCAUCUCACUUUCGUAAAAGGUUCAGCGACCCGAUUUGGUUUGGGAGUCCCGAUUCAUCGUGCAGCUCCAGUCCCAAGCUGACUUUCCGAUCUCCAGGGAGUCGCCGGCAGACUCCAGGCAUUCGCCAACCGGCCUUGGACCCCAUCGGCAGGGCAGCUACCCAGAGGGCCGUGAAGGAGUUUGGCUCCCCUCUACUGCGGAUCAAACUGGCCCAUGCACUUGAGCAAGCCUCAUCCUCACACUACAACCAGCAGCCGCGCUGUCAGUCCUGGGUCGGGUCGCCCGUUCAGCGCCAGAACAUCAGUGUAAACCUCAAAGACCACUUCCCAGAUAGGAGCCAGGCGGUUUGCGGGCUGCCCCGGAGCCCGGCGUCAGACCAGCUAUCCUCCCAGUCCCGCGUCGAGUCCCAGAGCCCUCUUCACUGGUCGGCAGAGGACCGAGCUGUGGCAGGAAGUCCAGCCGUCAAAAGACAUGUUCAGAGGUCCAGCACUUCACCGCAGGAAGCACUCCUCCAACUUGGCAAUAAUGUAGUUGAGGGCUUGAACCAGUUAAGUGACAGUAAAUCCUCCUCUCCAGCUGAUAGCCCUGAAGUCGCCCGCAGGCUAGCGGAGGAGGCUACCAAAGCAUCCUCCAUUUUCACAGAGGCAAGAAGGUCCUCAUUGCACAACGCUUUAGGUGAUCCCACUGGAGAAUUUCACAAUUCAGCUCCCAACGCACAACAAUCUAAGAAAACACUUAAGAUGAACAUCCCUUUAAACGACCAACACGCACCAGAAACAGACAACACCGACUCUCACCAGCCGCAAAACUCCAUCUUGACGUCGCACGAAACGAACUCCCGCACUAAAUAUCAAACGCACCGGGAGGACUGCGUUCAGAAGUCCCAGCGUCAGAGCUCGACAGGUUCCCCCGCCAUUCCUUCGCGUGUUUUCCGUCCAUCUCAUCCUCCAACUGAGCUCAGCUCUCCCAUGAGGGACCCCAGGCUAUUCCAAGCUGAGCUCCGAGCACCGGAUACCCCAACGCUGCAUCGCCGGCAGCUCCCGCAGUACGCCAGGGACUCCUGUUCCCCGGGGCUGGACAAGAGAGGAGACCUGAGCUGUUUCGAGCGAGGGGACUGCACUGAGCUCGCCCGCAGGCUCUUCAUCAAUCAGAGCGUCGAGGAGACACCGGUCAGCUGGACGUCCAGGCAGCAGUGGGGGAAUCAGCUGGAGAACAGCCCGAGGCCGAGUCCCGAGGCUGGAUUUGGGUCCAGCGACGACCAAACACCCGAUCGUCAACCCAAUCCCCGUCGCAGGCCGCUCAGUCCCACCGCCCAGCAGAAACGAGCGGAGCAGAGGAGGAGGGAGAUCCUUCUUCUGGGCCCGGUGGUGCUGGACUCUCCGGAGGAGGACGAGGACUGCGAGGAGGAAGGUCGGGACGAUGAGAUGGAGGGGUAUGAGGCGGGUCAGCAGAGGGCAGAAGAGCCGGGUGAGGCGGAGCAGAACGGAGCGAUGGGAGGGUCGUCCUCGCGGAGCUCCAGCGGGGUGACGGGCAGCUUGGGGGACAGGGACUGUGUGUCCCCCGAGUCCAGUCAGUCCAGUCACCAGAGCAACGAGACCGGCGCCGCCACCUCAGGAAUACAGACGGACAGCGGCUGUGCAGCGCCGGUUCCCUCGCUCCAUUGUCAGAGGAUCGCUCGAGCCAAGUGGGAGUUUUUAUUCGGGACCCCAGCUAAGGAGGUCGCUAGCAGGGGAGAGAAAAAUGCUCUGGAGACCUCCACCGCUCCCCCCAGCGGUAACUCCAGCGACUCUCCCACCCCGACUCCCCCGUCCUCCCUCCCUCUGCUCUCUGCCAACCACGAGGUGCAGCACGUGGAGGUGGAGCUGGUGACGCCUCCUCCGGCCGUUAUCGGCACUUCGCCCAAAACGGGCAUCAUUCGUCGGACGCUGAAGUACUCGGAGACCGACCUGGACGCCGUUCCGCUGCGCUGCUACCGAGAGACGGACAUAGACGAGGUGCUGCUGGCCGAGCAGGACGACGGCGACUCGGCGUUCGGGAGCAACCGCAGCGUGCAGGGCACCUCGGGGACGGGCAGCAGUCCGCUGGGGGGUCUGGCUUACGGGAGGCCGGACGGGGUGGAGGUGGAGGAGAGAAGAGUGGGGAGGGAGGAGGAGGAGGGAGAUGGGGAAGAGGAGGAGGAGGAGGAGGAAGAAGAGGAAGAAAUGGUGAGCUGGGCCAGUGUGAGGAUGCAAGGAGACAACAGGAAGCAGCAGUUUGCAGCUCAGGAGGAGCCAGAGGUGUUUGGACACCUGCUGAAGAGACCAAUGGAAACUUUUUUUGACAACCACCACCCGGCCCUGAAAUCCCCCAUCUUGGUCUCCGGUCCCCGCUGCGCCGCGGAGGACACCUUCAGCCGCCACUUUGAGAGCAUCAUGGAGUCUCACCGGGCCAAAGGCACAUCGUACAAUAGCCUGGACAGCGAGGAGCUGCUGACCUCCAGCACUCAAACCGUCCUGACCUUUGACCUGCCCACUCUCACCCCAGCCAUCCACGGGCCGGUCUGCCAGAGCGCCAGGCAGAUCGUGCAGCUCAGCUUCGCCCCGCUGGCCCACGACGAGAGGCCCAGUAUCUCCGAUUCCAUCUUCACCAUGACGGGCGACUCGGACGCCACCCGGGCCCCGUCCAGUGAGAGGCUGAGCAGCGGUUCGGACGACACGCCGCCCAGAGGAAGAGGGUGUUCGCAGCUGGGGAGCAGCUGGUACAGCAACCCGUCCUUCUCAUUACCGAGCAGGGACAAGGCCCGUCUGGCGACGGAUUCGGAGCUGGACCAGGACCUCAGUGAGCGGCUGGGUCUGGACAGCAGCGACACCCUCACCAACGGCAGCCACCGGGCCGACGUGGCAGCGGCCAGACGGUUGGCCAAACGGCUCUUCAACUUGGACGGCUUCCGGAAGUCCGACGUGGCGCCCCACCUCAGCAAGAAUAACGACUUCACUCGUAUGGUAGCAGAAGAGUAUCUGAGCUUCUUCAACUUCACAGGCCUCUCUAUUGACCAGGCAUUGCGGACGUUCCUCCGGCAGUUUGCCCUGAUGGGGGAGACUCAGGAGAGGGAGAGGGUGCUGUCACACUUCUCUAAGCGGUACUUGGACUGCAACCCAAAAGCCAUGCCGUCAGAGGAUGCAGUUCACACUCUCACCUGCGCUCUGAUGCUGCUGAACACCGAUCUACACGGCCAGAACAUCGGUAAAAGGAUGUCGUGCACGCAGUUCAUCGGCAACCUGGAAGGACUGAACGACGGCCAAGAUUUUCACAAGGAUCUGCUCAAAGCGCUCUACAACUCAAUCAAGAACCAGAAGCUGCAGUGGACCCUUGACGAGGAAGAGCUGCGGAAGUCGUUUUCGGAGCUGGGCGACAGCCUGUGUGACUCCAGCGCCUCCCGGCCGGUGAAGGGGGAGGGCAGCGCUGGGAAGCCGCUAACGGACGAGACGCAUCCGUCCGGAUCGCUGCUGUACAAGAACGGCUUCCUCGUCCGCAAAGUCCACGCCGACUCGGACGGCAAGAGAACUCCGAGAGGGAAGAGAGGGUGGAAGACUUUCUAUGUCAUCCUCAAAGGGCUCAUUCUCUAUCUGCAGAAAGGGGAGUACCGGCAGGAAAAACAGCUAUCAGAGGAGGACCUGAAGAACGCCGUGUCCGUCCACCACUCUCUGGCCAUGAAGGCCUCGGACUACAGCAAGAGGCCCAACGUCUUCUACCUGCGCACCGCCGACUGGAGGGUGUAUCUCUUCCAGGCGCCGAACGCGGAGCAGAUGCAGUCUUGGAUCACGCGGAUCAACACGGUGGCCGCCAUAUUCUCGGCUCCUCCUUUCCCAGCAGCCAUCGGCUCACAGAAGAAGUUCAGCCGGCCGCUGCUGCCGGGGACGGUGUCGAAACUGUCGGAGGAGGAGCAGAUCAGGUCCCACGAGGCUCGAUUCAGAGCCCUGUCCACUGAGCUGGCGGAGCUGCGCUCCUACCCCCCCGACCGGAAGGUCAAAGGGCGCGAGCUGGAAGAGUACCGGCAGCGAGACGAGUAUCUGGAGUUUGAGAAAACCCGGUACGGGGCGUACGUCAUGCUGCUGCGAGCUAAGAUCCGGAGCGGCGAGGAGGACCUGUCUGUGUUCGAGUCCCAGCUGCUGGAGGACAACAGGCUGCAGAGGGCCCAGUCCAGCCCCACGCUGCAGGACAGCAGCCAGGCCAGCCAGAUCAGCCAGGCCAGCAGCGCCAGGGACGGGGGCACUAGCAGCAAGGCCAGCGGCUGCAGCAGCAAGCCCCGACCGGACGGCCAGAGACACAGCUACCGGCAGGCCGUCAAGAAGUGAGACGGGGCGGGGGGGGCGCCCUGGGAGCGGCACAGCGUUGCACUGCCAGCGGCAGGCCGUCUCCCUGCAUGAGGUUUUUAUUUGAGAUCCAGGAGGGUUUGGAGCUCUGCUUGAAGGGGGGGAGCAGGAGUGAGGGGGGGUCUGCACCCCAACGCCAACCCCCUCACCAACCACCCACCAACCAAAACCACGAUGCCCUCCCCCCGGCACACCCCAAUCUCCUCAUGGGACAAAGGAGACGCAGACCCUGUGACUGGCAGCGUGGCCGAGGAGCACCACGUUGGUGCAGGAGGCCACAGACCUGCAGAGACGAGGCGUCUUUGAGAAGCGUGCGCUGGGAUGCGGCAGCAGACCGAAACGGCGAGAUGAAGAGAAGCGAACGCACAGGGACGAAAAACAUCUGGCUUCCUUUUUUUCUCGCCUCCUUCUCCCACCUUUCGUUCUUGACCUUUUUCGGGGACCAAACGUAUUAAAGCAUCUCAUCUCAAACUGAUGACGACUUGCAGUCUGAAUCUCCACCGACCACUCUUGACUUUUGAAGCGCUGUAACUCAUCACCACCGUUUACCAGCUCCUUGUUUUUAUCUCCACGUCACCGCGGUGCGUUCACAUUCCACACAAGGGCGGGGCAUCACAGCUUUCAGCUCCUAUUUUACUGAAGGUGGUAUCAAGUUGAAUCUGCGGACCAUAUGCCACACAGUAAUGAAGGCAUGGCCGCGGUGAGACGAGCCGACUAGAGGCGUCGGCUGAACUUCACAGCAGCUCAUCUCAUCCAGAGAGCUCUUCUUCUUCUUCUUCUUCUUCUUCUUCUUCUUCUUCUUCUUCUUUUUGUCUCUACUCGAACAGGAGAUCUGUUUCCCAGUUGCUUUUGGCUUUCUGUCCCCGUGAUGUGCUUCUGUUCUAUUUCUUGGCCGAAUGUUGUUUUCCUCCGGUGAUCCGCAUGCCUGCAUCCAGCUCUGCUUCUUUUAGGCCUUUUACUACUUUAAAAGGGCAAAACUGAGAGCUGCAAAACUUGUUCUCUGGGGGUCAUUUAAGUCCUUUUUUUGUUCGUUUUUUGUCUCCCUCAUGCGGGUGCCUCACCCAACAUGUGUAAUCUCCGUCUGUACUUAUAGCCUCUCAUUUAUAAACCCUAUUUUAACACUCACCAGGCAGACCCUGAAUGUUCUUGUUUUUUCAAUAUUUUUACGGUAUUUUACAGUCGUUUGUUGAUGUUGAACCUUUUCCUCCUGUGUAUGUCAAGUGUAUAUUGAAAAUGUAAAAGGAAAAUAUGCUACUCAUACUCUUUGUAAACAUCCAGGAUGUGUUGUGUGUAUAUAUGUAUAUAUAUACAGCGCACCAUCAGCUUAUAUUGUAGGAUAUAUGACGGUAAUAUAUUUACAAUAUAUUCAAUCACACGAUUGUGAAGACGCGUUGGGUGCACUCAAAGUCUCUUCUUGUAAGUCCCAGAAGCGCUACACGAUAAUCAUGUGUUGUUGUUGUUGUUGUUGUUGUUGUUGUGUUUUUCUUUUCUCUGACAUGGUGGUAAUAAUUCAGCACAAUAUGAGUAAUAUAGUGACGCCUGUGUACCUAUCAGAGAUUAGUACGUGAUUAGAGGGUGUUUGUGACGGGAUUACACGAUGAGAGAAGCUGCCGUGGGCAGCGAUGCAAAGACGGCGCAUGGUUGGCUACGACCCACAGCAUGAUUUUUAAGGGAUCAGGGUUGUUGUAGGAGAUGCAUGAAAAAAAAGGUGGAGAAUGUAUAAAAAUUAAAAAAGGAAGGAACUGGGCAGCCUGUUUUUUUGUUCUUCUUUUCGGUCGCCAUAAAGCGCCUCAUAUAGCAUUACAGACGUGUUUCUACUCAGGCUUUUGAAAACGACACCGUGAGCGUCAGAACCAGCAGGGAGAGCUGACGACAUUCAGCCGUAACACACCUGCUGUAUCUGCAGUGAAUAUGCAUGACAUCACAUAUUCGUGGGGGGGGGUUAUGCAGGGCUAAUUGACACAACAUCUGUGUUUUUGUAUUACCCGUGGGUUUGUCUCCGGUCUGUGUCAGUGCGUCCUGUCUGUCAUGUCGUCAUCAGUGUCGGUUCCCAUGUGGUUUUGCUCUAAAUGUGGAUUUGUGUUUUGGUUUUUUUUUUGAACACAUGAUUUAAUAUCAAGGCUUAAGCUUAGCUUAGUGUUUGCCUUUCAAAUCACGUUCUGCCUGCUGUUCUGGAGCGGAGACGACGGUUUCUUGAUUAUGAAUAUUUCCUUCAUGAAACCUGCGUGUCUUUGGGUUUUGUGCAAAAGACUUGCCAAUUAAUCGAUAAUGAAAAUAGUCAUUUGUUUAUUUUUUUUCCAUCUCAUCUUUCACCUGAGUCAUUUCUGGUGGUUUUAAAAAAGGUUGAUGUGGAUAUUGUUUCCAUAGCUGACAUCAGUUAUAUGACUUUAACAUUACAGCUCUGUAUUUUUAUUACUAGUGUUUGACUCGGCUGUUUGUAACGUGGCUGAACUGUCAAAGAGUAGCGGAUGAUGAGUUUUGAUUAAUUCAGUUAUAUCAGAUUAAAACCAAUAUGUCAUCAAUUUGAAGCCACUUCUCAGAUUUUCUCCUGAAAUUAUAAAUUAAUUUUUAUUCCAAACUUCAGCAUCGAACAUUUACGUUUAUUUCUGACCGAAAUAAUCUUUUGGGUCGAUUUUGAUCAUUUGAUUUUACACAUGGCGCUUCUCUACGUGUACCAACUUAUAUAAUUUAGUGCAAAUGUUCAGAAAAUAAUCAAUUGCAUUAAAACGAUCUUCCUCAUCACAAAGAGUUUAUCCAGUUUUUAUGAAAAUUCAGUUGUUCAAAUUCCCUUUUUUUUAAUUGUUUUGCUGUUCUGGAGGUCAAGAAUAGACUUUCAAUCCAAAAUGUGAGCUCAAGAGCUCAAACUGUUAGCCAAUCAAAUCAUCUGCAACCAUUUUGAUAUUCAAUAGAUUUUUGGUCAAACAUUUUUCUGGUUCCUACUUCUAAAAUCUUAAGAUUUUUAGCCUUUCUUUGACAAAUAUCACAGUAAAUUUAAUCUAUUUGGAGUGUUGGAGUGUUGGUCCGACAGAAGAUCAGAAGUUGGGUUUUUUUCUCACUAUUUCUGAAUAUUUUCACAGAGAAAUAAAGAGAAAAAUAAUCUGCAUAUUAAUCAAUAAUAUUAACAAUAAUCACAAAGAUCAUUCUUGGGAUUGUAAGAAUUGGUAUCGGACCAUUUAACUAAAACUGAACAGAAUAUGGACAUUUCAGAGGCUUAUAGUAUGCUGGAGGACGAGGACUAUGCACCCAGUUCCAGUAAUAAGUAUUAGUACUCCUAGUAGUAACGAUCCAAAAACAAACCAGUCUGAAAAAACAACAAAAUACUGUGUUUUUACGGUAAAAAACGGUUGUGCUGUGGUUGCCAGAAUAAUAAAUACGAUAUAACUGUUUCUACUAUUACAGUAAAAGGAUGCGAGCGCUGCUGAUUUUACAGUUAACAUUGGAGUUUUAUUCCAUCUUUCCCCGUAAAAAUACAUUUUUCUACUGCAGAAAAAAACAGUGUUUUACUGUAUAAUUAACAAAAAAAACCACCACAGGCUGUCUGCUCUCCAUACAGUACAGUAUGAAAGGAAAGCCUCCACCUUGACAAACCCCCCCCCCCAACACAUCGUCACCGCUCACUCGCAUCACAGAGCAGCUACAGCAUCUCCAUGGCACUGGUUAGCAUGGAAAUGGCUGGUUCCCCUGGUGACGGCUCUUGUGAUGCUGAAGUGAAAGUCACCCCGUUACCUCCGUUAUUAAAGCAGCAGUGCAUGCCCGCAGCUGUCCUUUACAAAAUAAUAACACUUCGUUUUUCAUUUCUGCCCACGAACGCCUCAUUUCUGAAUGCGACAUGUAAAUAAAGCAUGAGAUACUAUGGCCUGUUUUCGUUUAUAUUAUGGUUAUUAAAUGAAGGGUUAAUAUUUAAGGUAGGUCAACAUGUUCUUGUUUUUUUUCCCGUCCUUGAGCUCAUGGUCAUUUUUCUUUUAUCUCUCUCAAUGUGAAUGAAGGAAAUGGCUAUAUUUAACGCUGUUGUAUGCUGUUGUGUUUUAGAGAUUCGAGCCAGCUCAUACAAAUCUUUUUACAUGUAGAGGUCUGAUCUGAUCCAUCUCAGUGUUUUUUAGACUGGUGCAGGUGAGGCAAUGUUCAUUUAACGCUACACACACACAGUGAGCUACAUGUGUCACUGCCUUGUUAAAAAACUCACCAAUGGAAAUGUUGUCUGUGAGCUUCUCGUUUUGGGAGGCAUAGAAGGUGAAAAUAAAGUGUUUUGAAAGGUUGA